CCUCGGGGGGACUUUCCCGGUUCCUUGGGGGCCCCCGGCCCCGCCGGUGCGUCCCACCGGGGCCCUUCGGCACCUGUUUGUGGCCAUUCGUCCCUGAGCGUGUCCAGUCCCUGUCUGGGCUCGCUGACAGUGUCUGUCCUCACGGUCUCUUGCGGUAGCAAGGUCCUCAAGUUCGCUACCUGCUGUGAAAAGAAGUGUUUUCUUGUGUUUAUCUGAUACUCAUCUCUGACUGCCUUCCAGGGGUGCCCCCUCUUUCUGUGCCGCUUGUCCUGGUGAAUUCUGCUGCUCCUCCGGCUGCCCUGGCGCGCGGAGCCCACGGCUCCGGAGAGCGGUCGGCAAUGCCUCCGAACCCGUCCGGUGGUGCGACUGCCCGGUCCGAGUUCAGCACCGCAAACAGGCCUCCGAGCAGUCCUGGUGACAGCGAGGCAGCGCCAGAGAAACACUGACGUCGUCAUCAGUUUCUCCGUCCACCAGAAAGAGAAAAAAAGGUCUCUGCCGCAACCAGUUACUCCAGCUACAGAAGACACAGGGAGCUGCAGAGAUAUGCACUCUCAGGAUGGACUCAUACCUGAUCCAAGUGAAUGGCCACGGUGAUCGCGCUCCUGUGCUGGACGUUCAUCUCAAUACCAAUGGGAACAACAUGUCUCUGGGGAAGGUGAAGGGCCGGAAGCCAAGGUGGGCUGUCAGGGCUUCUGAAAUGUCAAAGAAGACUUUCAAUCCUGUCCGAGCCAUCGUAGACAGCAUGAAGGUGGAGCCCAACCCAAAGAAAGCCAUGAUCUCCUUGUCCCUAGGAGACCCGACAGUCUUUGGAAAUCUUCCCACAAAUGAUGAGGUCACCCAGGCUGUGAAGGAGGUUUUGGACUCGGGACGUUACAACGGUUAUGCUCCAUCUGUUGGCUACCAGUCGUGCCGGGAAGCGGUUGCUGCAUACUACAGCUGCCCGGAGGCACCCCUGGAGGCCCAGGACGUCAUCCUAACGAGCGGCUGCAGCCAGGCCAUAGAGCUUGCCUUGGCGGUGCUGGCCAAUCCAGGCCAGAACAUCCUAGUGCCGCGGCCCGGCUUCUCCCUCUACAAGACGUUGGCACUGUCCAUGGGGAUUGAAGUCAAGCUCUACAACCUCUUGCCGGAGAAGUCCUGGGAAAUUGAUCUGAAGCAUUUGGAGUCUCUGGUGGAUGAGAAGACAGCUUGUCUCAUCAUGAACAACCCGUCCAACCCCUGUGGCUCUGUGUUCAGCAAGAGCCACCUCCAGAAGAUCCUGGCAGUGGCCUCAAGACAGUGCGUGCCCAUCCUCGCUGAUGAGAUCUACGGAGACAUGGUGUUUGCUGACUGCAAAUACGAACCUAUUGCAACUCUCAGCACCAAUGUGCCAAUCUUGUCCUGUGGCGGCUUGGCAAAGCGGUGGCUCGUCCCUGGCUGGCGCAUGGGCUGGAUCCUGAUCCAUGACAGGAGAGACAUCUUUGGUAAUGAGAUCAGGGAUGGCCUUCUAAGACUCAGUCAGAGGAUCUUAGGGCCUUGUACAAUUGUCCAAGGAGCACUGGAACAUAUCUUGCACCGAACACCCCCUGAGUUCUACCACAACACCCUCAGCAUCCUCAAGUCCAAUGCUGACCUUUGCUAUGCUGCCCUGUCAGCUAUCCCUGGCCUCCAGCCUGUCCGGCCUGCAGGAGCCAUGUACCUCAUGGUUGAGAUUGAGAUGGAGCAUUUCCCCGAGUUCGAAAAUGACGUGGAGUUCACUGAGCGGCUCAUCUCGGAGCAGUCUGUGUUCUGUCUGCCAGCCACGUGCUUUGAGUACCCGAAUUUCUUCCGCGUAGUGAUCACAGUGCCUGAGGAGAUGAUCUUGGAGGCCUGCAGCCGCAUCCAGGAGUUCUGUGAGAUGCACUACCAGGGUGCCGAGGGGGCCCAGGAUAUGGAGUGUGACAAGUAACCGCAACGGCUCCUGCUCCGCCAGGCCAAGCCUUGUCUGAGGCGGCAGCGGGGAAGGCAGGGCUGCUUCCCGUCGGCCUCUUCCUCCCGCUGCCUGCAGAUAGCAGCCAUCCUGCGGCUCCACCAUUUGUGCCUCCACAGCCCCCUCAGCACCAUGGGAAGAAGCAGCCGCUUCUCUCUCCUCCUACGCUGCAGCCCACAGACCAUCCAGUGCCAGUGCUCCCCACGUCCUUUGCCCCUGCGCCCUCCACAUGGGUCUGUCGUGGCCCUUGAGCCAGCUGUGGGCAGGCACGCAUCGCUGCCCUGCCGCGACCAGCCUCGGGCUCUGAGCAGCCACCCGCUCCUGGUCCCUUUGGGUGGCAGCCCCUGGGCCAGGCUGUGCCCCGGAGCAGGAGACGGCAGUCCUCCCAGGUGGCAAGGAACAAGGUACCUGAGGUCUUGCUUUUUCUGGGUGUCUUAAGAAGCCAGAGCUCUUUAUACUGAGCCCUUUGUGCAGCAAAGGGAGUAAGUUAUUUUCACUUUUUUUAAUUAAUAAAUGUUCUGACAUGCCA